ACCCAAAUCAUGAGAUGUCUGGUUCCAAAGUUUCGGGUAUGUCUUAAUCUGCAGCAUGAAAACAAACUAAUACAGUAAAUUGGUACUAUUAGAGUGAGUGGGACAUCGCUGAAAAGAUACCUGAAAAUGUGGAAGCAACUUUGGAACUGGGUAACAGGCAGAGGUUGGAACAGUUUGGAGGGCUCAGAAGAAGACAGGAAAAUGUGGGAAAGUCUGGAACUUCCUGGAGACUUAUUGAAUGGCUUUGCCCAAAAUGCUGAUAGCAAUAUGGACAGUAAGGUCGAGGCUGAGGUGGUCUCAGAUGGAGAUGAGGAACUUGUUGGGAAUUGGAGCAAAGGUGAUUCCUGUUAUGUUUUAGCAAAGAGACUGGCAGCAUUUUGCCCCUGCCCUAGAGAUGUGUCGAACUUUGAACUUGAGAAAGAUGAUUUAGGGUAUCUGGUGGAAGACAUGUCUAAGCAGCAAAGCAGUCAAGAGGUGGCUUGGAUACUGUUAAAGGCAUUCAGUUUUAUAAGGGAAGCAGAGCAUAAAAGUUUGGAAAAUUUGCAGGCCGAACAUGCAGUAGAAAAGAAAAACCCUUUUUCUGGGGAGAAAUUCAAACCGGAAGAAAUUUGCAUAAGUAGUAAGGAGCCUAAUGUUAAUCCCCAAGACCUUGGGGAAAAUGUCUCCAGGCCAUGUCAGAGACCUUCAUGCAGCCCCUCCCAUCACAGGCCUGGAGGCCCAGGAGGAAAAAGAAUGGUUUCGUGGGCCAGGCUGAGGGUCCUUGUGCUGUGUGAAGCCUAUGGACUUGGUGCCCUGUGUCCCAACCAUUUUAGCUGUGGCUGA